AUCGUAAUAGCGAGAAACGCACAACGGUUAUUGAUGAUGAGCUUGACUAUUUCGAGGAAAAUUCAGUUUGGCUCUCGGAUGUAGAACGGGCCAAAUUCGAACGUCUUAAGCAGGAAAUGCAUGAGAAGAAACAUGAAAGUCGAGCCAAACGAAAAAUUAAGGUUGAUUUUGCCGGUCGCGAAAUGGAAGAUGAUCUUACAAUUACCGCAGAUUUUGAAAAUCGGGUACUAAAGGAAAUAGCUGAAGUAAAAGCUGCUUCUGGAGAGAAAUAUAAUUGGUCAAAUCGAAAAAACUCGCAAAAAAUUACACCGAAUACAUGUGGCACAGACCCAAACAUGGAUGAUGAACUUCGUCCAGUUUACAAACUCACUUCAGAAGGUAAGGCCCUAGCAGCCAACGGAGGCGCCAAUCAAGGAUUUGCAGAUCGCUCCUAUAACCGUGUGCAAGAUAAAGAGCUGUUAGAAAUGCAAGACAUGCGUCAUUGCCUCUCAAUGCAUCAGCCAUGGGCUUCAUUCCUUGUGGAGGGUAUAAAAAAGCACGAAGGCCGUGUUUGGUACAGUGAGCACCGUGGUCGAUUAUGGAUUGCCUCUACCGUUAAAGAUCCACAUCCUGAAGAAAUUGAGGAACUCAAAAAUUUCUACAAGAAUCACUACAAUGAUUCUAACAUAAAAUUUCCGGAGCACUAUCCAACAGGUUGUUUGUUGGGUUGCGUACGCGUAGACGAUUGCCUUGCGCAAGAAGAGUACCGUGAAAUAUACCCUGACGGCGAAUCAGACAGCCCAUACGUAUUUGUUUGCUCUAAUCCUGAACAGCUGCCUGUGGUUUUCCCUAUUAAGGGACAACAUAAAAUAUACCAAAUUGAUCCUAAGAUACAUAACGCUGCUUGCAAAACCUUAUUACGCCUAAAAAGCACAAAAGGCUAAAUAUACAUACAUAUAUACGUAUAAAUUUGGCCAAGAUGGAUGCAUCCUUAGAUCGUAAAAAUAAUCAAAAAAUACCCCAUGCUUUAAAAACAUAUUUAGCGCUAAACAUGUGUUUACGAUGUAUACUUUUUUAAUAAAACUGGACAAUAAAUUUGAUUUUUCUAAAGCAGCCAUGA